AUGAAUAAGAAAUCAGGCCUCGUAUUUUGUUUUGGACACGUGUUGGUGAGGACGCGCUUAGACAUGGAAAAAGUACAUGUGCAGAGAGUGACGCAUCCCCAAGGUCCCCAUCGGCACGACACGUCCGGAAAGCAGCGGGAAGUUCUAUCCAUCCAUGUGGGACAAGCAGGAGUGCAAAUGGGAAACGCUAUCUGGGAACUUUACUGCGCAGAACACGCAAUCGGACUCGAUGGUCAGCCGACUCAAGCACCUUUGGAGCAGGAAUGUCAGUCUACAUUCUUUCAACAAUCCCCAAAAGGCCAACAUGUCCCACGUGCCCUGUUUAUCGACUUGGAGCCAUCGGUUGUAGAUGAAAUUCGCGUCGGUCCGUGGAGAAAACUUUACCACCCAGAUCGCCUGAUCACUGGCUACGAGGAUGCAGCAAAUAACUUUGCUCGAGGCUUUUUUACCAUCGGAAAGUUACUCAUAGCCCCUAUCCUCAGCGAGAUUCGACGAUCCUUGGAAAGCUGUGAGGCACCGCAAGGCAUCAUAUUGUAUAGGAGCCUUGGCGGGGGCACGGGGGCCGGUUUAACAGCAGCCCUUUUGGAUGUCAUGCCUGACUUCCAUAAACUUACCAAAAUCGAAAUCCCGGUCUAUCCAUCCCCGUCUUUAUCCAACUCUUUGGUAGAACCGUACAACAGCCUCCUGGGGGAACAUUUUGCCAUGGAAGAUAUUCAGUUGGGACUACUAAUGGACAAUGAAGCGCUUUACGACAUUUGCGGUCGAUAUUUAGGCCUGACAGUUACUACAUACACGUCAAUCAACCGAUUGAUCGCGCAAGCCACAAGUGCAAUCACAGCCUCCCUCCGUUUCCCAAACAUCCUCAACGGCGACAUCAAUGUGAUUCAGACCAAUCUGGUCCCCUAUCCACGCAUCCACUUCCCUCUGAGUAAUUUCGCUCCAUGUAUUUCCUGGGAGAAAGCCGAGCAUGAGACCCUAACUACCAGAGAGCUUACCCUUGCUGUGUUUGAUCGUGAAAAUCAAAUGGUCAAGGUUGAUCCAACGUACGGAAAGUUCAUGUCAUGUACUCUACUCUAUCGUGGUGAUGUGAGUCCAAGCCAUGUCUAUCAAGCCCUGACAGAACUGAAGUCAUCCCGAUGCAUAGAAUUUGUGGACUGGUGUCCAACUGGGUUCAAAGUAGGCCUCACAUCUUCGCCUCCGGUCUCGGUUCCAGAUAGUCGGGUGGCUCAGUGUGAUAAGAAUGUGGUAAUGUUGGCAAACAACUCUUCCGUGGGACAGGCCUGGCAACGACUGACUCACAAGUUCUAUUUGUUGUAUUCCAAACGAUCAUUUGUUCAUUGGUUCAUUGGUGAAGGUAUGGAAGAGUCGGAAUUCAACGACGCCCUAAUUAACAUGACUUCGCUGGUUAAGGACUAUGAGGAAGCAUCCGGAGAAAGCAAGAGGGAGAACGAAUGAGCCUAUGCUAAACAAUCUAGUCAAAGCACCGGUUUCCCAACUCUGGAAUUGCAUUUUUCGUGACGAAAUUUGCCCACACGCUUUUUUCAUCUGGCGGCUUUUGUCACAAAUUACCGAUCACAAUUCACGUAUGUGUCAUGGACCGACUUUGUGUUUACGCACCCGACUCUCUUAAUCUGUGCAAACUCUGAGUGCCACUCUGCUUUUGGUUGGUCUUGUCACCUACCCCAGUCUAUAUGGUUUCCUUAACUUGACCGUCAAGAGGCCGAAAACUGUUUGGCUUCACGUUUUACUUUCGGAUCAUACCGGUUGUGUC